UUAUUUUAUUCUUUCUUUAAAACUUUAGUUGAUCAAAAAGUUACGGUUGAAUUAAAAAAUGAUCUUGCAAUCACAGGUGUUUUAAAAUCAGUAGAUCAGUUCUUAAAUAUUAAAUUAGAUGAUAUUCACGUAAUUGAUGAAGAAAGAUAUCCUCACAUGGCUACUGUAAAGAAUUGUUUUAUUCGUGGCUCAGUCGUUCGUUAUGUUCAACUUCCAGCUCAAGCAGUUGAUACAGCACUUCUUCAAGAUGCAGCAAGAAGAGAAGCAGCACAACCUUCAACAGCACAACCUGCUAAUGUUAAAGUUAAAUAA